UGUUGUUUGAUAAAUGCCUUUAACAAGGACACAUUCAAUAAGUUUACCCUGGUCGUUUUUCUUUUUCUGCAUGUCUUAAAAUCUUUCACAGCACUUUCCACCUUCUGUUUAUCUUUCUUUUAUGCAUCCACCCCCCUCUGUUGACCCUCUCUCUUUUCAGCAGGAUGAUGUGGUGUACGCGUCGUCGCUCCAGGACAAUCUGUCUGUCCUUGGCCUUCAUCUCUAUUUUCCUCCACCUCCUCCUGGCGUUUGUCUCGCUUUCCCUCUACCAGCAGCACUGCGGCACCCCGCUGCCACUCAGGACACACGUCUUGAGAGACCUGGCACGUACCAACCACACCCCUGAGGGGAUCACAGGUCGAGCUGAGCCACCAGCUGAUGCCGUGCGCAGAGAUUCUUCCAAUGGAGGUGCCAAGAAGGAUGGCAAAGGUCACAUGCGACCAAUUUCUGACGGAGGCUCGGUGGGGGAAGGAGGUAAAAAUGCCUCGCUCCACGUGGCGGCGGCCAGCGCCGGUCGUUCUGGUGCCAGCCGAGACGAGACGUUGGAGUCUGAUUUGUCGAAGCUGGAGGCGCUGUUUGACCAUCCGCUUUACAACAUACCCGUCCCUCCUGUCCCUGAGGACGACUGGUUGCUGAAAAUGAAACCAAAGGUUCAGGCUAGUGAGAAGAGCUCCCAGAUGUGGGUGAGCGCCAGCCAGGAAGGCUACGAGGACGUCCAGUGGAGCAGCAGUGACAGUCACCCUCCGUGGCUGCGCUUCCACCUGGGCAUCUCCCGCUGGCAGCUCUACGCCCACCGCGACCCCAACAUGGAGCUUCUGACCCAGCAGCUCUCCACCCAACGCAUCGUCAGUGCAGUGCAGAAGUCUGGUGGGACGCAACUGAAGCUGGUGAUGUCAUUUCCCAACUACGGCCAAGCCAUGUUCAAGCCUAUGAAGCAGGAGAGAGACGAGGAGACCAACUACAACCUUUACUACUUCUCUGACUUCGAGAGGCACAAUGCAGAAAUUGCAGCUUUUCACCUGGACAGGAUCCUGGGUUACAGGAGAGUCCCUCCUGCUGUUGGGAGGCUGGUGGAUGUAGUCAAGGAGAUCAAAGACGUCACCACCGAUCGCAAGCUGGCCCGAACCUUUUUCACCUCCCCUGUGGGGAACGUCUGCUUCUACGGCCAGUGUUCAUACUACUGCUCGACGGAGAACGCUGUGUGCGGUCGUCCCCGGGACCUGGAGGCCUCUUUGGCCGUCAUGCUCCCGGAUCUGUCCCUGGCGGCCCGCAGGACCUGGAGAUCCCCAUGGAGACGCUCCUACAGCCGCAGCAAACGGGCAAAGUGGGAGACAGAACCCGACUACUGUUCGACGGUGAAAAAGACGCCUCCGUACGACAAAGGCACGAGGCUGGUGGACUUCAUGGACAUGGUCAUACUGGACUUCCUGAUGAGUAACAUGGACAGGCACCACUAUGAAACCUUUGAGAAGUUUGGCAACAAUACGUCUCUGAUACACCUCGACAACGGGCGGGGAUUCGGGCGUCACUCCAAAGAUGAGCCGUCCAUCUUAGCUCCACUGGAACAGUGCUGCAGAAUCCGCCGCUCCACUUGGCUGCGGCUGCGCCUCCUGUCUCUGCCCCAGUAUCGCCUCAGCGACGUGAUGAGAGCCUCCCUUUCCCGGGACCCCCUCCACCGCGCGGCCCCGGUGCUGGCGGAGCCGCACCUCCACGCUCUCGACCGCCGCUUGAAAACCGCGCUGGACGCCGUGAGCCGCUGCCAGAAACGACGCGGGCGGGACGGAGAGGAGGAGGAGGAGGAGGAGGAGGUCAUUUACGACGACCUCGCCUAUUUGAAAGACGUGGUCACUCCUUCUGGGUAGCGCAGCCGCAGACGCCUCCUCACGUCACGUCGCGGUUCGUUAUAACACCGGAUGCUGCAAAGUGAAAGUUGAUGGCAGACGAACCGUCACAGAAACCGAAUUCAUGUCUAACCGGUAAAACCAGCAUGUUCAAGCAUCCAAAUUGAUUUACUCUAUUUGUUCUGUUGACUUACUGUGCCUGACAUUCGUCCGUGUCGUGAUGACAUCACGGCCUUGAAUAUUGCCUCUUUCUUUCUCCAUGAUAUCAUCACAGUAUCGGUUUUUCCUGUAUUAAAAAGGUGAUGGCGCCAAAUCAAAUAUUUUUAUUUAUUUUUUAUCUUGUAUCAUUCACGGUUUCAGUUUUUGUCUGAACUCAUCCAGUUCAAACGCCUUUUAGAGAAAAUGACUCUUCGUUUA